AGUAGGAAGAAGAAGCCGAUUCUGGAAGCCAUUACGUUGCGCAUAUCAGUUAAGUACUAUUUUUGCGUAUAGUACGUACAACAAUUUCUCCAUAAAGAAGGAUUUCUGCAGUUAUGGUCUCCGUCGCGAAAAAAAGAAAAAUGAAUUUCUCGGAGAGAGAGGUUGAAAUUAUUGUGGAGGAAAUAGAGAAACAAAAGCACACAUUGGUUAACCACUUCAAUGCUGGAGUAACUCACAUGGCAAAGAACAACGCGUGGAUGGAGAUCCUCAAAAAGGUGAACGCUGUCACGACCUGUCCCAGGGAGUUGCCGGAGGUCAAGAAGAAAUGGUCGGAUAUGAAGACGGAGGUCCGGAGGAAAGUGGCUCAGGCGCGGGCAGCCAUAGAGGGGACGUCCGCCGAUUGUACUCCAGUCCCCGUCCUGCUCACUGCCAUGCAGCAGAGGAUCUGUAACCUCCUGGGAGAAGCCACCAUCAUCAGUUUACCUGCGGGAGACUCGGAUGGCGAGAUCGCGUUGCCCGUCACCGUGAACGCUGCCGCCACCGUCACACUUGCAGAGACUAUUCCAGCAGGCUCUGCAACAGUUUGUGAUGAAGCAAAGUCCCUGAAUGCUGAAACAGCCUACCAAGCAUUAGAAGACGGCGACAUGGUAGAAUACUGCACGACAACCGUAGGCGAUUCAGCGCCUCCUGUGGUGGCAACUGUCGAAGCUCCAGUAGAAGUGUUGGAGUCAUCUACAGCGUCCUCGCCGCUACCGCCUCAGAGUCAGGCGAAGCCUCAGGAAUUGAAGAGCCGCAUUGCCCUCAACUCAGCCCGACUAUUGCAGGAGCAGAGGGUCACCAACGUCCACAUCCGACAGAUAGCCCAGCACCUCGAGGGUCAGAACCAGCUUCUCCAGAUGAUGCGCCACUCCCAGGAGGCCCAGGUUUUUGCACAGGAGCGACAAGCUCAGGCCUUGGAAGGUACCCAAGCUGCACUGCUCGCUCUGGUGCAGAUGCUCAGGCCUGCUCUAAAAGAUUUGCGCAAAUUUAUGCAGAGCGGGACUGAAGUCACAAACUCGGGCAGCGCGGCAGCAGCGGUCACAACUGAUGCGGCUUUAAUAGAUGAGCAGAACAGGCCCGCGACAUCGCCACCUGCUGCACAAACUGAGGCAACACAAUAGACUCUCCCUCUCUGAGGAAUUCCUGCACAUAGACUUCAACAAAGCCUUGAAAAACAUUUCAGAGUUGCCUUAGGAAGCAUGUACAAAAAUGGAGCUUUUUUCCAAAUUGGAAAACAGUCAGUUGUUGACUUUAGUUUGAACUUUUAUAGUUUUUGAGAGUAACUUUAGGUGGAAAACCGAAAUGUUGUUUUCAUCCAGAAUAUUAAAGCCAGUCUUGUUUUUAGAUGUUUGACCUUGACCAAUGAAACCAAAAAAUAACUCAACCAGUGUUUUUCCUAAACAUUACAUACUCACUACGAUUAACGCAGGUAAUCUCUACUUUGAUUGAUUGAUUGAUUGAGACUUUUAUUAGUAGGUUGCACAGUGAAGUACAUAUUCCUAUUAUUGACCACUAAAUGGUAACACUCGAAUAAGAUUUUCAACUUGUUUAAGUCGGGGUCCACUUAAAUUGAUUCAUGAUACAGAUAUAUACAAUCAUAUAUCAAUCAAUCAAUCAAUCAAUGUUUAUUUAUAUAGCCCUAAAUCACAAGUGUCUCAAAGGGCUGCACAAGCCACAACGACAUCCUCGGUACAGAGCCCACAUAAGGGCAAGG